AUGGAGGACGAUGAGGAGUGGAUGUCCAUCGAUGCCACUCUCAUCCGUUGGUUCUACACCACCAUCUCGAAGGACCUCUUCCACACGGUGGUCUCCGCCGACGAUGAUGCUCACGCCGUUUGGACCAAGCUCAACGGCCUCUUCACCGACAACGUGCUCCAACGCAAGGUUUUCUUGCACGGCGAGUUUUUUGGGUGCCAGCAGCUCGACACGUCUGUUGAUGAUUACUGCAUGCGCCUCAAGAAGCUUGUUGACGAGCUCCGUGAUCUUGGUGAGAAGGUCUCCGACGAGCUCCUCCUCAGCACCCUCAUCGCCGGCCUGAACGACGAUUUCGGGAACGCCGCCUCCAACAUCCCCCUCAUCACCAACCCGACGUUCCCGAAGAUCGUUGUGUAUCUGAAGUUGGAGGAGCGGAGGAUGCGGAUGUCACGCACCCGGGCCACCCACACCGCCCUCACCGCCGGUACCCGCGGCGGUGCGCCGCCCACCGCCCCGCCGAGGCCCGUCCCGGGUCCCUUCCCAGCGCCGCCGCCGCCCGGGUUCCCGUACCCGCAGCAGCCGCCGGCCCCCUGCCGAGCAGCAGCAGCAUUGCCCCGCGGGGGCCGCAAGCCGCAACAGCAGCAGCAGCCGGCUGCGCCCGGCGGGGCGCCGUGCCACCACCACCAGCUAGCAGCUCCCACCGGCGCCCUGGCAGGCCGGCCAGAACCCCUGGACCGGGGUUGUGCACGCCCGUACCCGCCCGUGCCGCUCUACGGCCCCUCCGCGGCCUACGGGCUGCCCUCGGCCGGUGGGUUCGUGGCGCCACCGCCUCAGCCGGCGCCGUCCGCCCCGGCUCUUCCGCCGGCACCUUGGGACCCCGCGCUCCUAGCGGCCCUCCACACCGCCCCCACGCCGCAGCAGUACACUGGCGGUGGCGACUGGUAUAUGGACACCGGAGCCACGGCUCACAUGGUCGCCAACCCCGGAUGCCCGUACCCGGAUGGUGCUCCACCGAUGUGA